AGGCAGACCGGAAGCAGCCGCGGGGCCUGACGGGAUUGUGGCGGUCCUCUCUCCCAAUUCGGAAGCUACCUCUGCCGCCGGACGCUCUUAACAUGGCGACUUCGCUGGGUUCCAACACCUACAACAGGCAGAACUGGGAGGAUGCGGACUUCCCCAUUCUGUGCCAGACGUGUCUCGGAGAAAACCCGUAUAUCCGAAUGACCAAAGAAAAAUAUGGGAAGGAAUGCAAAAUCUGUGCCAGGCCAUUCACAGUGUUUCGCUGGUGCCCUGGGGUCCGCAUGCGUUUCAAGAAGACUGAAGUGUGCCAAACCUGCAGUAAAUUGAAGAAUGUCUGUCAGACCUGCCUCUUAGAUCUAGAGUAUGGCCUCCCCAUCCAGGUUCGUGAUGCAGGAUUGUCUUUUAAGGAUGACAUGCCCAAAUCAGAUGUCAACAAAGAGUACUACACACAGAAUAUGGAGAGGGAGAUUUCUAACUCUGACGGGACACGGCCAGUUGGCAUGCUGGGGAAAGCCACAUCCACCAGUGACAUGCUGCUCAAACUGGCCCGGACCACACCCUAUUACAGAAGGAAUCGACCUCACAUUUGUUCCUUCUGGGUGAAAGGAGAAUGUAAGAGAGGAGAAGAAUGUCCAUACAGACAUGAGAAGCCUACGGAUCCAGAUGACCCCCUCGCUGAUCAGAACAUUAAAGACCGAUACUAUGGAAUCAAUGACCCCGUGGCAGAUAAGCUGCUGAAGCGGGCUUCAACAAUGCCUCGUCUGGACCCGCCGGAGGACAAGACCAUCACCACUCUGUAUGUUGGUGGUCUGGGGGACACCAUUACCGAGACAGAUCUAAGAAAUCAUUUCUAUCAGUUUGGAGAAAUCCGGACGAUCACCGUUGUACAGAGACAACAAUGUGCUUUCAUCCAGUUUGCCACAAGGCAGGCUGCAGAAGUGGCUGCGGAGAAGUCCUUUAAUAAGUUGAUUGUCAAUGGCCGUAGACUCAACGUGAAAUGGGGAAGGUCCCAAGCAGCCAGAGGAAAAGAAAAAGAGAAGGACGGAACCACAGACUCUGGGAUCAAGCUAGAGCCCGUUCCAGGACUGCCAGGAGCUCUUCCUCCUCCUCCUGCAGCAGAAGAGGAGGCCUCUGCCAACUACUUUAACCUGCCGCCCAGUGGUCCUCCCGCUAUGGUGAACAUUGCCCUGCCACCACCUCCUGGUAUUGCCCCGCCCCCACCCCCAGGUUUUGGGCCACACAUGUUCCACCCAAUGGGACCACCACCUCCUUUCAUGAGGGCUCCAGGACCAAUCCACUAUCCUUCUCAGGACCCUCAAAGGAUGGGAGCUCAUGCCGGGAAACACAGCAGCCCCUAGCACAUUAUCACUACUCCUGGGCUCUACGGAAGACAGGGCGCUUAAAAAUCCCAGUAAAUGAAUCUUGGAAUAAAUCUAUUUUUCCUCCCUUUGUAGUUUCCGUGGUAGCUAAAUGUGUUCAGAUAUGGGCAGUCAGAAAAUGACACCCAUGCUUUGAUUGAUGGACCUCAAAUAAGCUGCCACGAACACGUCUGGUUACUACUAUAACAUUACUAAUAAAACUUAAUGCCUGUUCCCUUUAACUUCUGUGCGGAACAAGCAGUGGGGUGAAUUGGAAUGUCCAACCAGAGUGACCAUCCCAAUUAUAUGUUCAUUUUGUAUUUCUGGGGGUGGGGGGAAUUGACCUGUAGUAAAAAUCUGUUGACCAUUUUUAUGUCCAUUGGAUAUUUUCCUUUUUAUCAUCUGGAAAAAGAUUACUAGUACUAAUCAUUGUAGCGGCGUGAGUGUGAUUUAACACAUCUGAAGUCACACCCUCAGAAAGACAAGUGGAAACCGGCAGACUGAGCACAACCCAGGUCUCUUACCUCUCCUUUCCUCAUUGAUUAACAAAGGGAUCUGGCUGAUGGUUUCACAGAAGUAAAUGCUGUGCUACCAAAAGAAAACUCAAGUAGAAGCUAUUUUUUAAUCCUAUCAGUCGGAUGGAAACGUGUCGUGGAGCUGUGUAUCAUUGAAGAAACCUGGUGUCUGGGAUGAAAUUAUUUUAAAGAACUUCCUGUAAAACACUUUCACCAGCUGUGAAACGGAAAGCAUUGGAGUGUGUUUGAAUGGAAGACUUGUGACAUUCAGCUGGAACUUUGACCUUCAGCAUUCGCCUUCGUGUGUCGCAUUUUCAUUCCCUGCUUCUGGGCAGGGGACUGUGUUUGGUCUUUGAAUGUUUGGGUAGAACUGAAUUGUAGAUGGUAAAAAUAAUUUGAUGUUUUGUUAUGUUUUUUGUUUUUAAAAAAUUAAAAUGGGUCAAUUUUC